GCAUUAUGAGUGGGGGAAAGGAACUGGUGCUAGACACCCUGAGAAGGGCAACAAGUCAGGACGCUGCAACCCUCAAACCAGCUGAACAGCAGCUGCAGGAAUGGGAGACGGAGCCCGGGUUUUAUUCAACUUUAGUUGAGAUCUUCUCGGAACACAACUUAGAAGUGAAUGUCCGAUGGCUAGCUGUGUUGUACUUCAAGAAUGGCGUCGACAGGUAUUGGAGGAAAACUGCUCCCAAAGCAAUUACUGAAGAAGAAAAGGCUCGCAUAAGAUGUGGGCUUUUACACAACCUCCGCGAACCUGUGCCGCAAGUUGCCACGCAGCUGGCAGUACUCAUAGCCAAGAUUGCUAGGGUGGACUGUCCAAGAGAGUGGCCAGACCUGCUUCCUGCACUCUUUGAAGCAGUUAAAAGUUCUGACCAGUUGGUGCAGCACAGAACGCUUCUCACCCUGCAUCAUGUUAUUAAGCAACUCGCAUCCAAAAGGCUAGCAGCUGAUAGAAGGACGUUUCAGGAGCUGACAAGCCAGAUGUUUACAUUCCUGCUAGAGUUAUGGAGAUCAGAGACAGAGGCUUUCCUUGUGGCUUCUGGGCAGAACAAUGAGGUUAUGGUCCCCUGCUUGGAGCGCUCACACCUAGCUCUGAAAAUUCUUCGAAAAUUACUUAUCCACGGGUUUAAGAAGCCUCAUGAGAAUCAGGACGCAACCAUGUUUGUGGAGGCAGUAUUUGAUCGUAUCAAAGUGAUGCUUGACUUUAGGAAACAGCAUGAAAAUAAUGAACAUAUAAAGACUAUUGGGGGGAAGUAUGUCGUUCUCCUAACCAAAGUUUUGUUGGAUAUGCUAGAAAAUUAUCCAUUUUCCUAUCUCCAGUUCAUAAAGCCCAGUUUAGACCUGACAACGUAUUAUGUGUUCACACCAGCCGGGGAGGGACUGAUCUUUGAGCGAUUUACAGUCCAGUGCCUGAACCUGAUCAAGACCAUCCUGCUGUGCCCAGAAUACAAGCCAUGCAAGGUCAUUGAAGACACCAAGGACCCACAGACACUGGAGGCAUUCAGGAUCAAAUCUGAGUUCUUCACCAACACUGUGUUGGCAGAGAUGUGCCACAAGCUUAUCUCUCACUACUUCCUUCUGACGCAGGAUGACUUGGAGGCCUGGGACUCCGACCCUGAGGGUUUCUGUAUGGAGGUGGAGGGAGGGGAGUCCUGGAAGUAUAGCCUGAGGCCCUGCACAGAGACCUUGUUUGUAUCCUUGUUCCAUGAGUAUAGAAGCGCACUUACGGCCGUGCUGAUGGACAUGGUCCGGUCUUCCCACAAGCCUGUUGAGCCGAGCGACUACCAUGGGAUCCUCCAGAAGGAUGCUGUGUAUAAUGCAGUGGGCCUGGCGGCUUUUGAGCUGUUUGAUGACAUCGACUUCGACCAGUGGUUCACCUCUUCCCUCAUCAACGAACUCAAGGUCAAGGACUCCAACUACCGCAUCAUCCGGCGCCGUGUCAUCUGGCUCAUUGGCCAGUGGACCAGUGUCAAGUUCUCGCCUGAGCACCGGCCCACUUUGUAUGAGGCCUGCAUCCACCUCCUGUCAUCUGAGGAAGACUUUGUGGUCCGCCUCAGUGCAGCCAUGACUCUGAAGCAUUCAGUAGAUGACUUUGAGUUUGACCCUGAAAAGUUCAUGCCAUACCUCCCAACCAUUUUUGGGCUCUUGUUCAACCUUCUCAAAGAGGCACAUGAAUGUGAUACCAAAAUGCAGGUCCUUCAUGUAAUGUCCUUCAUGAUUGAGGUUGUUGGUGUUGGCAUCCAGCCACACGCAGCCCCCUUAGCCCAGUACCUCCCAGGGCUUUGGGAUGAAUCUGCUGACCACAACAUGCUUCGAUGUGCCAUUCUCACCACGCUUGUACAUAUGGUUACUGGAUUAAUGCGUGAAAGUGAAGGCCUGCAUGAAUUCCUGAUCAACAUCAUUCGCAUAUCAACUGAUGUCCGGGAAGACUGCCACGUGUACUUGCUUGAGGAUGGUCUAUUGCUGUGGCUGACCACCCUUGAGAACACAGCCACACCUCAUGACGCCCUUCUUCAGUUGUUCGACAACAUGCUACCUCUUAUGGAGAUUUCGUCUGAGAACUUGAGACUUUGCUUGCAGAUCACUACAGCUUACACACUACUCUGCCCUCAGCAGUUCCUCUCAAAGUAUGGCUCCCGCCUAAUUGAAAGCUUCAGUUCAAUGUUGACGGACAUGAAGAGCGAAGGCACUGUCCUAGUCCUGCGAUCAGUGGAGAUGAUAAUGCGCGUCCUGCCGGUGGAAGGGGCCAACCUGGUCCAGCCUUUGAUCCCAGGGUUUGUGAAAGUGGUUGCAGAUGGGGAUCAGUACCCAAUGGUGAUGGGGAUGUAUCUGUCUGUCAUAGCUAGGCUGGUCCUUUAUGCAGAACCCAUCUUCACGUGGGCCAUAAAUCAGGUUGCUGGCGACCAAUCUAAGACUCCUGAGGAAGUGUUGGAACGUGUAGUGAGUAUAUGGUCAGACAAGCUGGCCCUGACAUCUCCCGAAGAGCGGCGCAAGCUCUGUGCCUUGGGCCUGGCCUACCUUUGUGGCACUGGCUGGCCCCCAGUUCUCAAGGUGUGGCCCCACGCUGUGACAGCCGUGUCUGAGGUGGUGUUCGAUGUUACCGUGGAGGACUCCACGCAGGACAAGCUGGUUGUAAUAGGGGGUCGGUUAGGGUCACCGGAGCCAUUUGAGCUGGAGACAGAGCACGUGGUGCGGCGGCAGGCCAUCGCACAAGAAGACCCAGUUCACACCAUCUCACUGCGGGUGUUCCUCGGGCAGCAGAUGAAGCGACUGCAGCAGAGCACCGAUGUGACCACCAUCAUGACGCUGGCACAAGACCUUGAUGACAACUGCCGCAAACUCUUGGAGGAAGUGACAGUGGAGUGAGGAGUGAGUGGAGAGAGGGAAUUGGGAAGCGAGAAGGCUUAGUUUUUAGGCAGCAGGGAGGGGGGGCCUCACUGCUUGGUCACCCCAAAGCUGUCUUUUGUGUUUGGCUGUCUGUCUAUUUUCUCUUUCUUAUUCUCAGUUUUAUGUUUCUCUUUCCUUCUCUUUUUUACCUUCUCUGUCUCUCACCUUCUCUUCCUUUACUUUAAUCUCCUCUAUUCCUCCUUC